AUGUCUUACUACUUUGCCAUAAUUGGAACCAACGAUGGUCCCCUAUAUGAACUUGAGAUUGGCACUUACAAGCAGUCUGGCGAUGGAAAACCCAAUUUCCCAAUCGAAAUAAAAGAACUACAACAAUUCAUUGUGAACGCUUCACUCGAUAUACUUCAAGAUCAACAGUUCAAAAACAACCAGAUAUUUUUCAAAAACCUCGAUGCAUUCUAUGGCUAUCAAGUAUAUAGCUAUCUCACACAAGGAAACAUUAAGUUCAUCAUAUCAACGAACGUGAAAAACCAAGACGAAAGUAUACGACAGUUUUUCAUAGAGGUGAACGAAUUGUACGUGAAAAACCUACUGAGCCCCUUCUACAACGUCAAUGACCCGAUCCGCAGCGUUGGAUUCGACUCCAGAGUGUGUCUUCUCGCUAAAAAAUACCUAUAA